AUGGCGUCAGCUGGUGAGCCCCCCGCAGGCCCCCGGGAUGCAGCGGACCAGAACUUCGACUAUAUGUUCAAGCUUCUGCUCAUUGGUAACAGCAGCGUCGGCAAGACGUCCUUCCUGUUCCGUUACGCGGAUGACUCCUUCACCCCGGCCUUCGUCAGCACUGUGGGCAUCGACUUCAAGGUCAAGACUGUCUACCGCCAUGACAAACGGAUCAAGCUGCAGAUCUGGGACACCGCAGGCCAGGAGCGUUACCGCACCAUCACCACAGCCUACUAUCGCGGGGCCAUGGGCUUCCUGCUCAUGUAUGACGUGGCCAACCAGGACUCCUUUGCCGCCGUGCAAGACUGGGCCACACAGAUCAAGACAUACUCCUGGGACAACGCCCAGGUGAUCCUCGUGGGGAACAAGUGUGACCUGGAGGAUGAGCGUGUGGUGCCCACCGAGGAUGGCCGGAGGCUCGCGGAUGACCUCGGUUUCGAGUUCUUUGAGGCCAGCGCCAAGGACAACAUCAACGUGAAGCAGGUCUUUGAGCGCCUGGUGGACGUCAUCUGUGAGAAGAUGAACGAAUCUCUGGAGCCCACCUCCAACCAGGGCAGUAAUGGGCAAGGCCCGGCUCUGGGGGACACGCCGGUCCCCCAGCCCAGCGGCUGCAGCUGCUAG